AUGGCAUGGGCUGCUGCUAUAGCGAUAUUAUUGCUGGAGUACUAUCGCUCCAGUUAUAGACGGAUACCACGCAUGACGUCCUCUUUUAUUGGGGACAAAUGGGUGGGUGAGAUGCUUGCUGGACAUCCGAUAAGGUUCAGUAAUAUUUUCAGAAUGACUGCGCCUAUUUUUAUCGAUCUGCUACACGAGUUAAGUCGGAACCACCAUCUACAAGGUUCUUCUAGAACAACAACGAGAGAGGUGUUGGCAAUAACAUUAUAUAUGCUCUCACAGAAUGAAUCAGUUAGAGGAGCUAUGGAGCGAUUUCAACAUUCAUCAGAAACCAUUAGUCGAUAUUUUUCCAAAGGUUUACAAGCACUGGUGAGCUUAACAACACAGAUCAUCAAGCCAACGGAUACAUCGUUCGCAAAUAUUCCUGAACAAAUUGCAAAUGAUUCUCGUUACAUGCCGUAUUUCAAAAAUUGUAUUGGAGCAAUUGAUGGCACUCAUGUAGAUGCCAGACUACCAAGUCACGAGAAGAUCGCGUAUAUUGGUCGGAGUGGUACAACCACACAAAAUGUUAUGGCAGUGUGUGAUUUCAACAUGUGCUUCACAUUUGUAAUGGCGGGGUGGGAAGGAAGUGCGCAUGAUAGUCGCCUUUUCUCCUACGCCACUAGGAAUAGAACACAGUGUUUCCCUCACCCACCUCCAGGAAAGUAUUAUUUGGUAGACGCUGGAUAUCCGAUGUUAAGAGGCUACCUAAAGCCAUAUCCAGACACAAGAUACCAUAUUCCUGAUUUCGAGCGAGCAAGUGGCAAUAUUCGUGGCAAAAAAGAAAUGUUUAACAAGCGACACUCCGCUUUACGGGGGGUUAUUGAAAGAACUUUCGGGGUGUGGAAGAAGAAAUGGGUAAUUCUACGUGAUAUGCCAUCCUAUUCAUUUCCUAAACAAGUGUAUAUUGUGUUGGCCACCAUGGCACUUCACAACUUCAUCCGACGUCACCCCUCUCAUUCAGAUACGGACUUCAAUAUCAGUGAUGAUGAUGAAAUUAUUGAUACUCUAGAACCUUCAGGAUCUCUAGCUGAUAAUGAGAUGGACUCGAUUGAAUAUGAAACUCAGGAUGGCCCUUAUCCCACAGACAACAAAGGGUUACACAAUUUCUUGAAGUACAAUGUUUGCAGAUUGAAGGAAGCAUUUCGCAGCAGUCUGGAGUCGUUACAGCUAGGAGUAGUUUUUGUUCUUUGUUACUUCAUGACAUUGGCGGAUACUAUGCAUGAUGCUUCUUUACUCCGUAACGUACGUCUUGGACUCUGCACGGAGCUUCGUUACAACAACCAAGUAGAGAAUGUUGGUGAGUGGUGGUCAAUGGCUGCAUAA